GCUCAGCUUUUCUCACUCUUUCUCCUUCUUUCCAAUUUGUAUUUGUAGUCACUUUCUCUCUCUAAAAAGGUUGCGCCGAUUCCUUUUUCUUUCAUUAUAUAUACACAUUCUAGAGAUACACGAGCUCUAGUUAUACGUGAAUAACAAUCUCUUCUCGUUUUCCUGUAUGCGACGCUGUUUCUAUUGGCGACAAUCGCCGGCGAUUUACCCGGUCACCGUGUCUGUUUGAGCCAGUUAUUGUUGGGUCUAGAUGCCUGCUGCAAAGCUCUGCUCAAGUGGAACUCAUAAUGCAAUGAAAUCAGAAGAAGGGAGUGAUUCCCUCGACACUUUCAUCAGACAAGCUAUUGGAAAGGAGCCUCUUCUCCCUUUUUCAAGGACCGCUGAUAAUCCAGUGCAGUGGAUUCAGUUACUUCAUGCAUUAGAUCAGCCAGAUCUCCCUGGUUGGCCGUUGAUGACUCCUCUGAAGGUUCAGAUGCAAAAGUGCGAGAAGUGUUCCCGGGAGUUCUGUUCUCCAAUAAAUUACAGGAGACAUAUCCGAGUGCAUCGUCGAUCUUUAAACGUCGACAAGGAAUCUCACAAAAAUCGGGAUUUAUUAGCAGCGUUUUGGGAUAAGCUGUCAUUGGAGCAAGCAAAGGAUGUAGUGUCAUUUGAUGAUGUGAUGCUUAAGGAAAUUCCUGGAUCAUCUUUAGCAAGGGCUUUGGCAUCCUCUCUCCGCAAACCAGGGGUUUGGACUCUUCCGCAGGCUUAUGUGAAAGCUGGAUCUACACUUUUGGAUAUCAUCCAAGCAAAGUCUUCGAGGCUACCAAUUUCCUCUCAAGAAUUGUUUAGCAUCCUUGAUGAUGCUAGUGAGAGAACAUUCUUAUGUGCUGGUACAACUGAAACUGUGCAGAAAUACAUUUUUGAUGGAGAAACCGCCAAAAAUAGCCUUGAGUUGAAGAACCUAGUUGCUAGCACUAGCUUCCUUUUUGAACAGCAACUGGUGAAAGCAUGGGUUGCUGACAAAGAUGCAGAGGCUUUGAGAUGCCAGAAGCUGCUUGUGGAGGAGGAAGAAGCUGCACAGAAAAGGCAAGCACUGCUUCUAGAAAGGAAAAAACAGAAAAAGCUUCGUCAGAAGGAACAGAAAGUGAAGGAACAAUUCUAUGGGUCCAACGAAAAUUUGAAUGUUGAUGUUGAGGCAGUAGAUGGGCCAACUUCAACUGAAGCAUCUGGGCCCUCAUCCCCUUCUGAUUGCAAUUCCAAUUCUCCAGAUGUUCCCAUAAAUCUAGAUUCUGGCCUAGAGUCCACGCAACCCCAAAGCAAAGAACCAGAGGAAGAAAUCGGAGCUCAUUCUAAUAUCAGCAGUGAGCAUAUCAACCUAGGGGAUGCUCAGACCAUUGAACCCGCAAAUGGCUAUCGAGCUAUAGUUACCAAUCGCUGCCAUGUUUCAAAGUCACAAAGGGGCAGCCGGUAUGGAUUCCAUGUAAGCCCACAUCUUCAAACCUUUAAACCAGAAACUUUACAUAAGACUGGUCCAUCCAAAGACAGGAGUCUACUUAAUGGGAGCAAAGUUUGGACCAAGAAACUCAAAGUUGAUAGUUAUAGGGAGAGCCUGAAGCCACCUUCAUUGCAGGGAGAGAACGGGCACCAGAUUGAAGAAAAUAAAUGUGAGGUGAUAAUUGGUUCCAUAUCUGUUGCACUGAAGAAUUCUGUUCCUCAUCAUCAAGAUAGUCGCCCAGAUGAAGCACAAGAUGUUAGCAGCACUGAGCAUGCCAUGCUUAAGAAGAAAAAUGCUUCAGAAAAGCUAAUUAAAGCUAAUUCCUCUCAGUCUGGAUCCAGUCGAGGGGCUUCUAAGCUUUGGAGGCCUGUGAUCCACGGCGAGGUUAGAAGUGUCACUCCUUUUGAUAGAGGGAAUGAGGAUUCUGCCCAAUCACAAUCCACAGACAGUGAUGGUAUUGAUAACCGGAAGCACUAUCAUGUAGUUCCAGAUGAAAAUGCUCAAGGGGGAUGUUUGCCUUUCUCCAGCAUUGCUGCAAAAGAAUUUCUUGCACAGAGAUGGAAGGAAGCUAUCUCAUCAGACCAUGUGAAAUUAGUCCUUUCAGCAGGGCCUCAACCUCCAGGAUGCUCUGAUGUUCAACAAGACUCGUCGACCGUCUAUAAUGUACCGGAACUUCACGAGUGUAUCAAUAACCAGUUUGGCAGAAAUGUCCAAGGCAAGUUCAGUAAAAAACAGGAGAAGAGUCUGAAGGUUAAAUACAGACCCAAACAGAAAGCCGUUGGGUAGGAGAAGGUGGGUAUACACAGUUUCUUUAGUUUUUAGCUUUUGUCCUCAUACUCUUAGCAGAGGUUCCAGUUUUACCAGUGGUCUUCUGUCGAAAAAUUGGAGGAAUUUUCUCGAGGAAGUUGAUUUUAUUUUUCAUCAGGCAUAGGGUUGGAUAGGCGUGUCGUUUGAUCCCAAAUUAUUGAAGCACAUGUAAUAUAGGGGAUUCGCGAUUUACCAUCAUAUAUAUUCCUGUGGUGAAAUUGGGUUUGUACUGUUAAUUAAAGACUUUUUAUUGAUAUCUGAUGGUUGGCAACAUAAUGUGUGA